UCGCUUCGCGCGAGUAUGUGUGCAUCUAUAUAGAUAUACAGCUGUCAAGAACCUCGGCGCAGAUCGGCGCGCAUUAGCAUUACAUGUAGUACAGCUGGGCGAACUGCGAACUGACUCCUCGCGACUGGUGGAGUUAUAUGGUCGAGUAGCAUGAGAGGCAGCGGCGACGGCGGCGGCGAGCAAUGCGACAGCCAGCAGCAGCAUCGUAUAGCGUAUACACACACACAUAAAACAGUAGGCAACUCGGCGUCAACAGAACAGCGCAGAAGAGCUUCUCUAUCAAACAGUCUACCGAACUGAUAUACGGUGUGUGUCUCUCUCUUUCUGUCUAUAUAUGUGUGAUAGUUUUAUGUGUGCCGUUCGCGACUCCGAUUUCUUCUUCUGCCACGGGCAUGAGACCAUGAGCGACUUGGUAUACUCAUUAUAUAUUUUGUACGCUCGCUAGGCAGUGGUAGCAGCACUCCUCCUCUGCGACUCAGUGCACAAUCACGAGAGAUUAUACAAGCUGAUACCUGUACUCACAAUUUUUGCAUUUUUCACCUCGCGAGACGAGCCUCUGACAAAUUGUGUGCCUUCCUCGUCUUCUGCUGAUAUCCCAUAGGUAUAAACAUACUACCUCGCUGCGAGCGAGUCUACAUAUUUCGAGAUCCGAAAGGAAUUGAAAAGGAAAAAAAACCUCAGAAUUCGCACGCUCGUGUGUCGUCGGACUGCUCGGUCGUAGCGGACGUUUCAGAUAAUAUCUUAUAUACAUACGUAUAUCGUGUUUAAUUGUGUAAGCGCGAGUGUCUUUGUAUGCCCACCUAAUCUCCUUGCUAAUCCACCGAUAAUAUGCAUAUGAGCAAAAGUGAACAAUGUGUCUAGAGUUUAGCGAGAGUGAGGUGAGGAGAAAAACAAGAUAUUCACGCCGUUCCAUGUGCAUUUUUUGCACAAACACGUCAUGACUUGCAAGUGAGAAACGAUACGGUUCAUAAAAAAAGUUAGCUGCUAUUUUGUUGUGUGCAUUGACUUUGCAAUAAGUGACACUUACUUAUAAUACUUACAUGUGGAACACAGUGAUAGAUGAUAGAGUUGUUAAAGUGAGUGAAAAUACUGGUGUAUCAGUAUAAGUCUGUGAAACUUCAACAGUAAAUCAAUUUUAUAAAUAUGGAAGUUUCUACAAAUAUAGUGAAUGUUUAUGGAUAAUAUUAAACAAUGUCUGGUGACUCGGGGUGGCAUGCUGUUAUCCAUCAUCCAGCAGAACUGGAGUUACCUAAUUGGGACUGGGAUGGAAAUGAUGGAGAAACUGAUCGAGAGUUACCAUCCACUGUGGAUAUGGGUGCUAUCAAAGAUAGUGGACCUUGGGAUCCAGUUGCAAAUGGUACAACAUCUGAAAAUUCUGAAGAUGAUUCAGAGUCAGAUGAUGAUAGUUCUGGUGGGAGCGAUGGUAGCAAUUCAUGCUCAGAUUCUAAUUCAGAUUCAGAAAAUGAUAGUAGCGAUAGUGAGUCUAAUUCUGAUUACACUUCCGAUCAUAGCGAGCAAACAUUUGCAGUUGAAGAAGGAAAUGCUGAUCAGGGAGGAUUAAAAUUAAAAAUAAGUAUGAAAGUACCAAAAAAAGAAGAUUUCGAUAAAUUGAGAUCUGACAAAGUUAAGCGCCUAAUGCCAAGAAAAAAUAAAAGCCUUGCUGCUAAGUCAUCAGACUGCAGUAGCGAUGAUUCAGACUCUUCAAUCAUUGAAGCUCCAGUUUUACCAAUACCUAAUCAGCUGUUACGUCAGCAACAAAAACCACAACCACCAGCAUCACAUUUGGCUCGCUUACAACAACAAAACAACACACAUUUGAAUAGCACGAAUCAAACUUUGCAAUCGCCUUUAAAAAUGUUGCCACAAUCAAUAAAAUCACAAGAGCCUUAUUCUUCAAAUCAGCCUAGUGUAAUUCAGAGUCCACAGCAACCGCAGCAACCAUUGCAAGAGUUGAAUCAAGAAGAUUUAGCAGCACUCCUUCCAAAUGAGCAGGAUCACUCAGAUGCUGUAUUUGAUGGUUUUGAAGAUUCUGAAAGUGGACGCUUAGUUUCUAAAGCAAUUGAGCGCAUGUCGCUAAGUGCUGAUUCAGAUUCAUCUGAAAAUGUUAACGAUCGAAAUUCAAUGCCAGUGUAUAGUAGCUCACUACUUGAACAAUUUGCUGAAAAAACUGCUUUGUUAUCGGAGCAACAGUCUCCCCGUAAACGAGGACGAAGUAGUAAGCAAAUUACAAAAAAACCUAGUGAGCCUGAGUAUGUCAGUUCUUCAAAUGUAUCGCCUGAUUCUGGAAUACAGUCGGUUGACAAUAGUCCUCUUCAUCAGGUCAAUCCAACUAGUCCUCCAGUAAUGCCAGUGUCCAACUCCAGCAGUGCAUCUAAAGUCGUUGUGAGUAAAACGGACAGUUCUCCUAGUACUAAUCAUAGUAAUGUACAAGGUUCAACGUCAUCUACAAGCGCAACAAUAACAACGUCGCCUUCAUCGAUGACAAAUAAUUCUUCGUCUGGUAAAGUUAUUCAAAUGUCCCAAGCAGCAACAGUAGCUGCAGCUUUAGCUGCGAAAGCAAAACCCGUGGUUAAUGUCGAUCGAGUUAUGGAACAACCGCCAAAACGUAAACCAGGCAGGCCAGCGAAACAUCAACAAUCAGGAUCUCAAUCUCGAGGUCCGGGUAGGCCUCCGAAAAAAGAUAACGCUCGGAAUCAAACUUCUGCUUCAGCGAUAAAUAAAGACAAUCCGUGCCUCAAAAGAGCUAAAAUCGUGGUUGCACCGUGCAGCAGUAAAUCUCCAGUGUCAUCUACCCUAGUCAAAUCCACGACAUCCGAGGGUGUGACGCUCGAAGAAAAAAUUGAUCGUCGAAAAAAAGCGAGAAAAUCGCUCAUGGAUGCUGCGCCAUCCACGACCAAACACAGUGCGAAAAAUCAAUCGGUUGAUGUGUCCAAUAAAGUGUGCCUGACAACGCGUAAAAAGUGCUCGAAUAAAUUAAUACCGGAUCCCUCAGUACCUACUGUCGGUAGUAAAAGAACGAAAGAGAUUAGUUCUCUAGACAAUGAACAACCAAAUAAUAGUAAGAGAAUAAAAUAUGAUAAAACUGUGACUGCGAAGAAAGAAGUCAAAAGAAAAUCGAAAUCAGCAGAUCGAACGAUCGAAAGCAUAGGUCAACUCGAUGGUAAAAAAAGCUCAAAAGAAAAUCGCCACGAUACAACAUCAGUACCAACCUCCGCAAGACGUCCUGGUCGCAAACCACAGCAGUCUACGCAAACACAGACAACUUCGAUGACUACAACGACAUCGACGGCAACGUCGCGCCGAGUUCUCAAAGAAAAUAAAGCCAAUAAAAAAGUCAGUGGGUCUACUUUCAACAAUAACGAGCCUAUGGUAACGAGCGGUAUCGGCGUUCAAACUAUUAUAUCGCUACCCGUCAUUAAUCCAAUGAAAAACCGAAGCAGCAAGCGUCGACAUAAUGUAGUGCUUGAGAAUGGCAAGAGUCACCAUCGCCAUCAUCAUAGGCAUCGCAGACGAUUUCACAUGGCACCAAAAACACCAAUUCAAGUAGACCCGGCCGUUGGUCAGGAACUCGAGCGGCUUAUUGAGGAAUUUACCAAGCUCUGCAGUCUCGGCCGUAUCGGCACUGUAGGACCGCACAACAAUAAUAACGAGGAAGCCAAUACAGCCUUGGCUGUAGGCGCCCAAAUUGGUGAGUUACUACCGCAGAUAUUUCACACGAAGAAGAACACAAAAAAGAGGAAAAACGAUAAGCUGAGUUUGCUCGAUAAUUCCAACACUGGUAAAGUACAAAAACGCCGUUGUAAAAGUCAAAAGGCAAGCAGCAGCAGUAGCUGCAGCAGUGCUAGCAGCACGAGUGGUGCAAGCGUCGCUGGUACCGAAUCGUCCAAUCCAAACGAGCAAAGAUUGCCGUUGAAAAAGCGUCAUUAUCACGUAUUCAGCAAUAACUCGCAUAGUAAUUCUCAGGAACGUCGCGGAGACGAGCCAGAUCACGACUACGAUGAUGAAGAAGAGGUAGAUGACGAUGAGGUUGAUGAGGAUGAUGCCGACGAUGACGAGCAGGAUGACGUAGAGAAGAUGAAGGAACAACGAAAACAGCAGCCUUUGUCUCGAGGAAAGGAUAAAAGUGUGGAAAAGAAAAAAGAAGAUGAGAAAGCAACAGAAAUUGAUCAGAGAGAAGAGUGCACGGCUAAUUCGUCGGCAAUCGAGAAAAAGAAAAGGCAAAAAGAAAAUUCAACCCAUCCAACACAGAGCAAUGGUAUCACUAACUCGCCUGAUUCUUCUACUGGCCCUACUGCCUUUUCUUCCUUUUCUGCGGCAACAGUUACUGCGGUGGCUACUGCAACUGUUAUUUCAACUUUAACUAGUACUACUUCUGCGAAUAAGACUGAAAAUGAGAAUGGUUCAACGAACAAUGAUAAACUGUCUCAAGUAAAUGACCAGCAAACAAAACGCAAAAAAACAAUAAAUGAAGUCAAAGAUCUACGAGUCACCGUAACAAAAUUAUCCGUGGAGAACAAUCACAUUGUUGAUAAAAUCGAAAAGAUCGAAAAAAUGUGUGCAGGUGACAAAACAGUUAAAUCUUUUUCUUCGGAUAAAUCAACAAAAAUUGAUAAAAGCAGUAGCGGAAAAAUUGCCAAGAAUUAUGCUGAAAAAAGUGAAAAGGCAGAAACUAGAUCAUCCGAGCAUCAUCUUCGUCCACUGAAAAACAAACAAAAAGAGGACAAGGAACCAACAUCGAAUAAAUCAAAUAAAAAGGAUACUGAAGUUAAUAAUAAAGUAACUAACAAAAAAGAUGCCGAAAAUAACACUGUCAAAAAUUCUAAGAAAGAGUUCGAAAACAAUAAAUCCACAAAAAAAGAUAUUGAUAGCAGUCCAAAAAAUAUGAAAAAAGAUAGUGAAUCUGGCAAAUCGAGCUUAUUGAAAAAGGAUCAGCUUUACAAUAGUCCUAAACAAAUAAAGAAAGAUUCAGAAUCAUUGAAAUCUUUAAAGAAGGACUCUGAAUCUAAAAAACCAGAUAAUAAUAAACAUCUUCAAGACUUAAUUAAAAACAGCGAAGUGGUUCUCACUAAAACGCCUACGGUUACGUGCGAAUCACCCGCAUUAUCAUUCACAUCUGUUAGUACAAGUACAAGUGGUUCGUUGGCUACCAUAAUCAAGAAGAAAAUACGUCGACGAAAAACUAUUAAUCGUACAGGUUUUCCGACUAUCAAAAAGAAGAAAAAAAAGCUUAUUUCGACGAUAGAAUCUCUUCGAGAUGACAUGAAUACACCUAGUUCGGAUAUGAGUAGUAUUCCCGAAGUGAAGGAAGUAAGAAGAUGUAGUCCGAAAGUAACUGAAUUAAAAACUGCUCGUAUCGAACUUGAAAAGCAAGAAAUUCCUCUAGCUAAAAACGAUCUCAAAGAAACAAAUUCAAAAAGAGGAGGUAGCACCAGCGUAGAAAGUGGAAAAAAAAUGGAUCUUGAUACUGACGAACCGAUGUCAUGGGACAAUGAUAGUGUAUGUUUGGAAGAGAGAAUGCGUACUUGCUCAGCUUUGAGUAAAGAUUCAGAGAUCGAGUGUGAUGGUACUAAACCAUGUGAUAAAUUGUGUCCGGUAAAAUACGAAAAAGUGCAAGAUUCUAGAAUGUACGACGAAAAUGCAACACUAGAAGAAUCACUUGAAAGAUACAAUCAAAGUCAAAAGAUAGCGGUUCUAAGUGAAGAAAAUUUACGCAAACUUGAGUGUGCUAAUUCACAUGUGAGCGUGAAAAUUGAGACGCAUGCUUACCUAAACAAUAACCAUCGACGAAUGCGUGGUUCGGCUAGUCCAUGUCCGUUGACAGUUAGAAAUCUCAAACGGUUAAAAAACGAAUAUGAUACUGAGAGCGAUGCUGUUCCUAGUAGUGAUGUGGCGAGUGACGAUCAAAACAAACCAACAACUGGGAGACGACGGAAACAGCCGCGUUGGAAAAAAAAUUACUUGCCCGCUGGUUUGUUUUCCAAUUAUUAUAAAGAGGAUGAGCUUCGUAAAGCAUCGAAUGCAGAUUCAGGUACAAGUAAGAAUAAAUUGACUUAUGAUCCUGCGGAGCAUCCACACGGUCUUCUUCCACCACCAUAUCAUUGCGGAAAAUUUUUGAGGCAACGCAAAAUACCAUUUCAAUUACCUUACGAUCUUUGGUGGUUACACACACAUUCUAGACUUCCUGGACGCGAUCUUGUACCAUCAUGGAAUUAUAGAAAAAUUCGUUCAAAUGUGUAUUACGAUGUGAAACCAGCAACUCUUUAUGAAGCUCAAGCCUGUGAAUGCAAACCUGAAACUGGUUGUGGCGAUGACUGUAUAAACCGCAUGGUUUUCAGCGAGUGCUCACCUCAAUUAUGUCCAUGCAUCGAACACUGUAAAAAUCAAAGAAUACAAAAACACGAUUGGGCUCCAGGUUUGAAAAAAUUCAUGACGGAAUCUAAAGGUUGGGGUAUUUGUACGCAACAACCCAUCAAACCUGGUGAAUUCAUUCUUGAAUAUGUCGGUGAAGUCGUAUCUGAACGUGAGUUCAAAUCGCGUAUGGCCACUCGUUAUGCUAAUGAUACGCAUCACUAUUGUCUUCAUUUGGACGGUGGCCUCGUGAUCGAUGGUCAUCGAAUGGGUGGGGAGGGAAGAUUUGUCAAUCACUCGUGUGAGCCUAAUUGCGAAAUGCAAAAGUGGAGUGUUCACGGUUUACCGCGCAUGGCUCUCUUUGCUUCAAGACAUAUUCAAGCUGGUGAAGAACUUACUUAUGAUUAUAACUUUGCUCUUUUUAAUCCGUCCGAGGGUCAGGAAUGCCGUUGCGGAAGCAACGUAUGUCGCGGUGUUAUCGGUGGUAAAAGCCAACGGGUGCCUAGGAUUUCUGCAGCUAUUAAUUCGUCGACGACCGCUACAAGCAACAAUUCAACAAAUGAAAGGAGAUCAGUUGGUAGACCUCGUAAAAAUGCACGUAAAGGGUUAAUUACACAAGCUUCACCUGUACGAAAUAAUGUCCCGGCCAAUGAUGCUAGCACUUCGACUCGUAGAUUUAAGGGUAUCAUUCGACGUCGUAGAUUCGGUCCCGAUGGUGCCCCACUUUCUGGAAUACCUCCUUUCAAAUUAUCGAAUCAACAGCGAUGUUUUAUUCAAGAGCAUCAUUGUUUUUUGAUACGAAAUAUCGAGCGAAUGCGCAAACGCCAAAUGUUAUCUGCCCAACUUUCUAUACAGAAUAAGAGUGUUGCCAAAGCAGCUGGAACUAGUGGAAACAAUUCUCAAGCAUCAAAAGAGAGGACCACGUCCGAUGGAAAAACCAAUUCUGAAGUUAUAUUUACAAACUUAACUGCCCUUACUAAUCCAAGCUCUCGAACAGUAAGAACCAGGAGACUUGCGCAGGCACAAGACGAUCCUGAAGUUAAUAAGACAGCAAAAUUGGCUAAGGUACUCAAAGAUCUGUACACAGUCUUGACGAGCGCUAAAGAUGAAAAUGAUGAAUUAUUAUGUUCACCAUUUAUCACAUUACCUUCAAAGCGCAAAGUUCCGGAAUAUUAUGAAAAAGUUCUUGAACCGAUUGAUUUGACGACUAUUGAUCAAAACAUCGAAGCUGGUCACUACAAAACAGCUGAACAAUUCGAUCAAGAUGUAAUAAAAUUAUUUGAAAAUAACGUACGAUUCUUUGGAAGGACCUCUGAUAUUGGUAUUGCUGCAGCGAGGUUGAGAAAAAUCUACUUGAGUAGAAAAGUAGAUUUCGUUUCGCCAAUUACCGAAGCAACCGGGCUUCCACCUUCUCAAGCAUUUCUACCUCCAAGAGGUUCGACUGCUGGCGAAGAGGACGUCAUAAGAUGUAUUUGCGGUCUUCACAGAGACGAAGGUUUGAUGAUUCAAUGUGAACGAUGUCUUGUUUGGCAACAUUGCGACUGUGUAAGGGCGGAUGCCAGUGUCGAAUCUUACAUGUGUGAACGCUGUCAACCACGAGAGGUUGACUAUGAAAUUCCUCUCGAAAACGAAGAAGAAGAAGACGGCAAGAAGUACUAUGUCACACUAAUGAGAGAUGACUUGCAACUUCGCACUGGAGAUACAAUUUACGUUCUACGAGAUACACCAGAUAAAAAUACGUACAAAACUAUAGAGAAAUUCAACUAUGAGGAGAUGGAUAUUUUCAGAAUAGAAAGACUUUGGAAAAACGAAAAAGGUGAAAGGUUCGUAUUUGGACACCACUAUCUGCGUCCUCAUGAGACAUACCAUGAGCCAACACGUAAAUUUUACAAAAAUGAAUUGGUAUGUGCUCCUUUAUACGAAGCUGUCCCAUGUGAUUUGGUUGCUGGUCGAUGCUGGGUUCUUGAUCCUCACACGUUUUGCAAAGGUCGUCCAGUUGGAGCGCCACCAGAACAUAUUUAUAUAUGUGAAUACCGAGUCGACCGAGCAGCUAAGAUGUUUACAAAAGUUGCUCGAGCUAGACAUCAGAUUUGCACAAAACCGUAUGCGUUUGAGACUUUUGUUCAAAGACUGAAAAUAUACCGCGACUAUUUUCCUCAUCACGUUGACAAAGUUCUAAAAAAUACCAAGGAGAAAAAGAAAACCAGUCAAGAUGUAGAACAAACCAAAAGUAAAUCAGAUUCUCGGGAAUACACGAAAUCAUCUGAUAAGGAUCAACCUAAACAAAGAGGUAGAAGAAAGCUCCUUGAAAAUUCAUCUAUAACAACACAUAUAAAGUUUGUGCAGAGAGAAACUAGAAAAAAGAAAUUGAAUACCAUUUUACUUAACCUAUUAGAUAAAAUGCCUAAUAAAAAUGAUCCCUUGGAUGUAACAAAUCUUCUAGAUCGUAAUAGAAGAAAUAGAAAAAGACCAGGAAUAUUAAACCCGUGAUAUUGGGUAAUUUGAACGCGUGAUUUGGAACUUUGAUUGAAAAAUAGAUUUUCAGGGCUUUAUAUUUUUCCUGUGAAUUGAAAAUCUUCUGAAAUUCAUGACUUGAAAUAUUUCACUGAAAGUAUUUUCAUGCUAAAAACAGCAUGAUCGUUUAGAUAAUACAAAAAAGAAAGCGAACUCUUUUUGCCAUUUUUGUUUCAAUAAUUCUAAUUGUAAUAUAAAAGAAAUAUAGGCAUAAUGGCUAGAUUUCGAUUGCAUCUUGAAAAAAUGAUUUUAAUCAUUUUUAACCGAACAAAAUGAUAAAUUGUGAAAUAAUGUAAAAAGAUAAACUUCCGUAGAAUGCUAAGUAACUUGAACUAAUAUUUUAAAGGAACAUCAUUCCUCAGACUUUCAAUUUAUACUAAAAACGUUAUUUCUGUUAAAUCGGAAUCAAGAAAUACUGUACAGAACUAAAUGUAAAUUAUUUGAUUUGUAUUAAUUUUUAUUUAGUUGAUAAUUGUUGCGACAUUAUAGUCGAAUGUACAAAUUUUAAAAUAAGUGCUUAUUGAAGUCACGCUAAAAAAACAGCGCAAUUUUUAGUAUUAUAUUUUUCAUAAACUAGCAUUUAGUCAUUAAAUCUUGUAGAUCUUGAAAACUGAAAAUAUGUGUAAUUAAACAAGCGGCUGUUCAUCACUCUGUAGUAUUUGCGUUGUUUUUUGUUUAUCGAAUUUUUUUCGGUAACUAGUUAUCCGGUUGUAUGAUACUUAAUUCAGAAAAACAACCAAGAUGUUAGAGUUCUAAUAUUUAAUUAUAGCAUUCAAUUUUCAGUAAAAGUUUUUAAAACAUUGUAGAAAGUAUUUUCUAGUUCAGAGUAUCUUUUUCUGGAGAGCUAAUAAUAUUUUUCAGGGCUUGAUAAGAAACACUUUAAUAUGAUCGUUGAAUUUUAAGUCUAAAAUUGAUAAUAAUUGUAAAUUUUGAAUGAUUUUCUAUAUUUCUAAUACUUUGUUAAUUACUUGAUUUUAACUGUUGAUAAACUGUUUUUAUAAUGACCCUUGUUAGAGACAAAGUUUACAUUUAUCUCAAACGGGGUAAACUUAUCCGAUAUCGAACUCUCGUACAUUCAUUAGUAAGUUUACAAGAAAAAUUCAUUCAAAAUUUAAUUUUUAAAAUGGAAAUAAUAAAAUAGUUAUUAUGUAUAAGAAUUUUUUUUUAUUUUCACAAAGAAGACGUUAAUAAAACGUAUUCAAUAUUCUAUGCACCAUAAAUGACACAUUAUUUUCAAAAUCUGAACAUUUUUGUGAAUCGUUAGUUAUAACUUUGAUUAUAAAAAAAAUAAUUUUCUGUAUGUAAGCAUACGAUGUAUCUGCUCUCUCGCCUGCUCAUUUCUAGAUUAAAUUCGUAAAGAUUGAGCUUGUAACAUAAGAUUAGAAAAACCAAAAAUGAUAAACAGCUAAAAAGAUUAAAUUAUGAAAGUUAUGCAGAAUGAUUUGAAAAAUUGA